UUCAUUGAAGAAGAAGAAGACUCAAAAAGAGCAAAAGUAAACGAACUCCAUUCGAUCCCUACAAACUGAAAACUUAAGAGUACGGGAAACAGAGGAGGAGGAGGAGGAGGAGGAGAUUCGGUUUUGUGAUGCAAAGAAGAUGGAUCCAAUCUACGAAGAAGAUGUUUUCCUCGGCAAGUAUCAGUCUUCGGAACUUAAGAUUGCCUCUGAGUUCCUAACCACUUGGUUGCCUUUUCUAUCUCGAGAUCUCUGCAACGACUGCGUUCAUCUUCUCUCCCAUCGAAUCCGUUCUCUUGACCCAGAGCACUCUAGUAACAAAGAGGAUAAAGCGGGUUCAGGUUCGAUGGUGGACGAUGAUUCUAAUGGGAAGCUUUGUGAUUCUCACUCUGGGGGUUUUGUAUUUGGAUCUUUGUCAGAAGACAGUGCAAGAGAUGCAAUGCAAUCUCAGUCAACUGUUUCUGAGACGGCGAGUCCACGAAUGUCUUGGGCUGAUAUGGCACAAGAAGAUGGGCUCCAGGAGGAGGAGGAGGAAGAACACAAGGAGAGUGAGUCAAGCACUCAUGACGUCGUUGAUCCGAGUAUGAAGAAGACUCCUGAGAAGCGUAAGAUGUCUAGGGAGGAAAGAGAGCGUUACCGGUUUGUGAAUGUGAAGAAAUUGAAACUGUUUAGUUUUUAUGAGAAAGUUAAAGGAGAGUCUGUUAAUAUCCUCGAGGGGCUUGAGUUGCAUACCGGUGUUUUUAGCGCUGUGGAGCAGAAAAAGAUUGUUGAUUUUGUCUAUGAACUACAAGACAAGGGUCUAAAAGGACAACUUCAAGAACGUACUUUUGCCACGCCGAAGAAGUGGAUGAGAGGCAAAGGACGAGUUACUAUCCAAUUUGGAUGUUGUUAUAACUAUAUAACAGACAGACAGAGAAACCCACCCGGAAUCCUUAAACGUGGAGCGGUUGAUCCGAUGCCGUCUCUUUUCAAAGUAAUGAUCAAAAGGUUGAUUGCGUGGCAUGUACUUCCUCCAACUUGUGUGCCAGAUAGUUGUAUCGUCAAUAUAUAUUAUGAAGACGAUUGCAUACCCCCUCAUAUCGAUAACCAUGACUUCCUCCGCCCUUUCUGCACAGUAUCAUUCCUCAGUGAGUGCAAUAUACUCUUUGGAUCACAUAUCACAACUGUAGGGCCUGGUGAAUUCUCCGGUUCAUACUCUAUACCGCUUCCUGUCGGAUCAGUUCUAGUGCUAAAUGAUAAUGGAGCCGAUGUUGCUAAGCAUUGUAUACCUGCGGUUCCCAAGAAGAGGAUAUCGAUAACGUUUAGGAAAAUGGACGAGUCGAAAAGACCAGUAGGAUUCACCCUGGAACCUGAUUUGCAAGGGAUUAAGCCGUUGCCAUAUGAACAGAACACGCUGCUGAGUACCCCUGAUGCUGUAGCCAGUAGCUCUCCAAGGUCCAGCAACAACCAAAACGGUAGGAGUCACAACAAUCGAGCUGCACAUGGAGAAAGAAGCAGACAUCGUAGGUCGAGAGAUUAUCCUUCUGAGAGUCGAGAGUGGUCAUCAUCGAGCCAACGAAGAGAAAAAGCACGACCCACUACUCCUAACUGGUAUUACAGACCCAAGGUUACUACUAGCUCCGACAACGUUUGAGAAUUUGUUUUCUGCUUCUUCUUUUUCCCCUCUUGUAAUACGAAAUUAAUAUUUGAUUUUACCACAGAAUAAAUGAAAAUUGUUCCGAAGAGAAACUCUGGAUGCUUUCGUUAUUAUUAUAUUUUGUCGUUUUGACCGUGUAUUUUUGUUUUAAUUUUUCUUCGAUUUGUAACAUGUAUAUAUAUACCUUAAAAAUAUGACUUUAUUUGUUC